ACGUCAGGCUGCGCGGCCGGGCUGGGACCAGGCGGCGGCUCGCGGAGGCGCUUCUCCGAGCGUGACGUGCGGACUCAGCUCCUCCGCGGCCCGCCCGCCCGCCGGUCUAGCCACCGCCUCCCUCGCUCCGUGAACGCGCCGGGCGAGGGCCAGCAGCCGGGGCGACGCGGCGCGGAGAGGGCGGGCGGGCGGGCUGUGGGAGCGCCGGUCUCUAUAUGGCGGCGGCUCUGUCGGGCCUGGCUGUCCGGCUCUCACGCUCGGCCGCCGCCCGCUCCUAUGGAGUCUUCUGCAAGGGGCUGACUCGCACGCUGCUCAUCUUCUUCGACCUGGCGUGGCGGCUGCGCAUCAACUUCCCCUACCUCUACAUCGUGGCUUCCAUGAUGCUCAACGUCCGCCUGCAGGUGGGUGAGCCGUGCCCGCCCGACCCCCGGCCCUCCCCGAGCGCCCGUCUCGCCAGCGGGAUGCAAACGCCACGGCAGCUGCCACCGCCUGGAAGCUGAGUGUAUGCCAAGCACCGUGCAUUUUCCCGUGCGACCCCACUUUGGGGAGAUCCACUGAGAUGGUCCUUAUCCCCGUUCUGCAAACGCGGCAGUGGGGGUCAGGUUAAGCGACUUGCCUUGGGGAACGUCCAGCAGCUCGGGAGGUGGGGUCCGAGAUUGCAUGGGCUGGAAGGGUGUUGAAGAGGACCUUUACUAAAUGUUGGGUAAAUUUUCUAGUUCCGAAACUUUGCAACCCCCCCCCCCCCCCGCUUUUUUUUAAUUGUGAAGACGGGGGU